GCUGCAGGUCCUCUUCCUUUCUACGCCUGAUUGUCUUCGGAGGAUGAGGACUAUGCACUGACAUCGCGAGAGGAGUGCAGGACAGACGACGACUUGCUGAGGAAAAGAGUGAAACAUGGCGUCGAAGACCCUGAAGCUGGGCAUCGACAACCCUACGAUGGCGGAGAACACCGAGUUUAUCACCCUGGACUUCGGGCCUUUCGAAACCGUGCACCAGUGGAAGCAACUACCCGAAUGCGAUGAGUUCGUCGGCUGCAGGCGGAGCAAACACACGGUUGUGGCCUACAAGGACGCAAUUUACGUCUUCGGCGGCGACAACGGUAAGACGAUGCUGAACGACCUUCUCAGGUUCGACAUCAGGGAGCAGUCCUGGGGAAGGGCGUUCUCGAUCGGACCGCCGCCGGCCCCUCGUUACCAUCACUCGGCCGUCGUGUACGAGUCUUCGAUGUUCAUCUUCGGUGGCUACACCGGAGACAUCCAUUCCAAUUCCAAUCUGACAAACAAAAAUGAUCUCUUCGAGUACAAGUUCCAGAAUGGACAGUGGGUCGAGUGGAAGUUUACUGGCAGGACGCCAGUUCCACGGUCAGCGCAUGGUGCUGCAGUUUUCGACAACAAGCUUUGGGUGUUUGCCGGCUACGAUGGUAACGCCAGACUGAACGACAUGUGGACAAUCUCCCUGCAGUCUGGCGACGCGAGGUCCUGGGAGAAGAUUGAGCAGCAGGGCGCGUGCCCUCCAACUUGCUGCAACUUUCCAGUAGCCGUCGCCCGCGACUCUAUGUUCGUCUUCAGCGGCCAGAGCGGUGCCAAAAUCACCAACAGCUUGUUCCAGUUCCAUUUCAAGAACAAAUGCUGGACGCGGAUUUCGACGGAGCAUUUGUUGCGAGGGGUGCCGCCGCCACCGGCGCGGAGAUACGGGCACACAAUGGUGGCCUACGACCGGCACCUGUACGUUUUCGGCGGCGCCGCUGACUCAACGCUGCCAUCCGACCUGCACUGCUUCGACCUGGACACGCAGUCGUGGGCCGUGGUGCCACCGGCGCCGGGCAGCUCCGUCCCCUCCGGCCGCCUCUUCCACGCCGCCGCCGGUCUCGGCUCGGCCAUGUACGUCUUCGGGGGCACCGUCGACAACAAUGUCCGCAGUGGCGAAAUGUACAGAUUCCAGUUCUCCAGCUACCCGCAGUGCACGCUGACCUCCGAUCUGUCUGGUCUGCUCAGCUCGCAGCAGUUUUGCGAUUUGAAAUUUAUUGUCGGGCCUGAGGAGGAGGCGGUAUUAGCACACACGGCCCUGGUCGUGGCCAGGUCCCAGUGUCUCAGGGCCAGGGUCAGACACGCAAAAGACAGCCGUGAGCGGCACCUAGAAGAGGUGUAUGGAACAACAACCGUGCCGCUCCAGGACCUCCCGCUUCUUGAGGUCAAACUGAAAGACGCGUCACCGCCGGCCUUUAGAAUGGUCCUCAACUACAUUUACACAGAUUGCAUGGACCCAGCAAAGAAAAUUGAAGAUCCGCAGAGCAGUGAAAUUGUGGUGCUAAUGAUGGACGUUUACCGCCUCGCUGACCAAUUUCACAUGCGCAAACUGGAGCAGCUGUGUCUGCACUACCUGGAGUGCACGAUCAACACGAGAAAUGUUCUGGAAGCCCUGUGCAACGCUGCGCAGCUCAAGCUCUACGUGAUCAAGGAGUUCUGCCUCAAGUACAUCGUGAAGGAGACCAACUACAGCCAGAUCGUGAUGAGCAGGGAGUUUGAGAACCUGGAGCGAGCACUCAUGGUCGAGAUCAUCAGACGCAAGCAGGCACCGCCGGCCUGCUGUCUCGCACCACCCGUCUGCUGUGCACAACUCGACCACACUGCCGAACCAUCAGCAGGUUUCUUCGUUGGCUCAACGCUGGAGCAGGAUUUGGAAAACCUGCUGACCACGACCGGACGUGAAUUCUGUGACAUCACUCUCCAGCUGGACGGCGUCUCCAUUCCGGCACACAAGGCGAUUUUAGCCGCCCGCUGCACCUACUUUGAGGCCAUGUUCCGCUCCUUCAUGCCGGUUAACGGGAUCGUCCAGGUCCAAAUUGGAGACAUGAUUCCUUCGAGACAGAGUUUUGACUCCCUCCUCCGCUACAUUUAUUACGGUCACGUAGACAUGCCACCUGAGGACUCCUUGUACCUCUUCAGCGCUACCUGUUACUAUGGAUUCACUAACAGCAGGCUUCAGGCCUUUUGCAAGCAUAACCUAGAGAUGAACGUCACGUCAGAAAACGUUGUGCAAAUCUUGGAGGCGGCCGAGCGAAUCCAAGCGAAUGACAUGAAGAAAUACGCGUUGGUGCUGAUCGUCCAGAACUUUGGAAAGGUGGCGCGGAUGCCGCAGUUGCGCCAGUUGAGUCGAGAGCUGCUGCUGGACAUCAUUGACACGCUGGCUGAGGAGUUCACGGACAGAAAGCUUAGCUCGGACAAGUCGACGCACAGCCUCGGGUCAGACAUUUGACUAUAGGAGCUGGCGCUCGAGCACGGCCACAACGAGCUGUACCAGCUGCUGCUCGUCGCCAUGGCUCACCUCCUCUAUCUUUGACCUGCAUUUAACUCUUCUCUCUCCCCCGCUGGCCGUUAAAUAUUGUCCGGAAAAAUUGGUUCUUAACUUCUAGGUACUUUAAACAUAUUAGAAUCUGUUCAGAAUGUGUAUAUUUUAGAGAAUCUCUCUAUUUAGUACUUAUACAAGUACGCUAACCAUUUGAUUAAUCAGUCUCACAAACGCAAAUGAUUUUUAAACUCCUAAUUACAAAUAUAUUCUUAGUUUUUAAAGCAAAUAGACAGUUUCCAUGGCGUUUGGAAACGAAGUAUGUAUCCCGCCUCUGACGUCAUCAGCCUGUGAUUAUAUUCGAUUGUUUUCUUUCGUCAGCCGUGAAAAUAUUGAAUCUCAAAUGUACUGCUCUUCGAUGGCACGUUUACUGUGAUUAGCGAGUAAUAUACAUGAAAGAUAUUAUCGAUUUUGA